AGCAGGCACCGGGCAGGCAGCGCGCCGGGCAGCCCUCGGCCGGCGGCCAUGGCGGCGACGCUCCGGGCGCCGGGGGCGACGCGGCGCUUGUUGGCGGCGCUGCGGGGCCAGAGCCGGAGGCUCGUGGCCAUGGCAUUUGGCUUUAUGUCCCGAGUUGCCCUACAAGCAGAGAAGAUGAAUCAUCACCCAGAAUGGUUCAAUGUGUACAACAAGGUCCAGAUAACUCUCACCUCGCAUGACUGUGGUGGACUGACCAAAAGAGAUGUGAAGUUGGCCAAGUUUAUUGAAAAGGCAGCUGCUUCUAUGUGAUUUCUCUCAAAAUGCAUGUAAAAUCUUAGACACAUCUUAGCUGCAAUGUAUUGUGAAGGCAAUUUGGUUGGAUUAGAUUGUAAAUUUAGUUCAUUCACUUUUAUAUGCUACAGAUUGUAAAAUCAGUGCUUAAAUACAAAAUGAUUUGAACUUGA